AUGUUUUUUGACGAAGACGAGAUUGAGAAUGCUUUCUUUCACGAUACAACAACCAAUGAACCACAUCAACAUUCGGAGGACAUGUUGUAUUCGGAGGAAGAAGAAUUUGCAAUGAAAAUUGUAGAAGAGAUUUAUAGAGAACGAUCGCUGCAUGAUCAGCAGAUGAUGCUCUUACAACGAAAGCGAAAAUUAUCGAAUAGUAACAACUCUGGUGCUUCCUAUAAAUGCAGUGUUUCCUCUUCUCUUUCUUCUCCGUUGGUUUUAUGUGAUGAUGAAAAAGUAUUAUUGAGUCAUUUACCAUCACGACGAACACAUGAUAAGGUUGAUUGGAAGGAGUAUUGUGACAUGACGAUGAGGCAACAAUUUUGGCUUAUGGGAUUGGAUGAAAUGAUACUGUGGAUUAUAUUCAAAAUCAAACAUUGCAUCAUGGUGCUGUUGCACAGAGAAUAA